UCUGACUGGGCAACCCCCUCAAAGCUCCCCUUCGGACGCCUCAUCUUCAGCAAGGAACGGGAAGAGGAGGGCGCUCAACAGAAGAAGUGGCGGGGUCAUACAAGACGAAGCUUCGUCCCCGUCCCUACAUGCUUGAGCAAUUCUGUGCAAUAACUUGCAAAUAACAAGGUAUGAACCUGCAGAUCCCGGCGUUUUGAAGGCUGGCGGUUUCGUGAAUAUCAAACGGAUGGGCAUUUUGGUCCGUCGAUGUGAGAUUCUACUAGCAGAGUUGAGUUGCUAAGUAGGGGAGUUUGGUCCAACAAAAAAUUUGGCUGGCGGAUCGCCAGUGCAAUGGAGCCCCUAAGCGCCUCUCUGGGCCAGAGCGAGAGCAGCAGCAUCUCUCCAGAGGGAGCAGAACAGUCAGCGGUCCAGGAUUCCAGGAGCCUUCCUGGAUCCAAAGAUGGCGCUUUGGCAGGGGCCCACAGCCAGGGCCCCAAGGACCCCCCUGAAAGAUGGGGGGAGUUUUUCACGAGGACAGGAGCUGGCCCUGGGGGCCGAGGCGUCGGUGGCAAGGGUGUGAAGCGGCACCCCAGCAACGGAGAGGACGUCGUCAUCCGCAGCGGAGCGCGCUUCAGCCCCCCCGCUCGAGGGUUUGGAAGCAGCAGGGGGUUCCCCAGGGCCCGCUCGCCAGAUGACGCGUACCCCCCCGCUGAGAACAUGAGCCGCAAGGGGCGUUCGAUGGUUCUGGAGAGGGGGUUUAACGACCUACGCAGCAGGCGGGGCUCAGCGCCACUUGGCAAUCCUGGCGGUCAUGGUGCGAAUAAGGGGGAAAAGCAUGGCGGGGGAGAGAACCGAGGGUUGUGGCCGCUUGUCGUGGGGUUGCAAGGAGAAGGCCAGGAGAGUUGGCGGCGACAGGAAGAUGCAGCUCAAAAGCCCGGAGAGCACCAGAACAGCACCCCCCCUCUCGCACCCCCCCGCUCCGACUGGGGCUCGUGGCUCGACCGCUCGCGCCAGCUCAGCAAAGACAACUCCGAGCUCGGCGAUAACGACUCGCACUCGUCGGACGAGAUCUGCUUCGGGCCGGUCCAGCGACGGCGCCUGUCAGAAGACCUCGACUUACCCGACGCCCCCAGGGUUGAUGAUCACCCCAGCCAAGAGAUCCCCAGCCGAGAGAUCCCCUUCUCAUUCAGCCCUCCCCCAGGUUUCGGCCCCCCUGCAACCACCGAGCCAGCCAGGACCCCUCGGGCAGUGCCCUCUGCUAUGGACUCGCCCCCUCCGCCGGUUGAGAACCCUUUCUCCGUGCCGUUCUCCUUCAACCCCUCCCCUAGGGGUUCCGCUGAAGCGAACCCUAUGGCGGCGAUGGAUACGGACGCCCCCCCGCCGCUGCUGCCGAGCCCACCCCCCCCCAGGGCGCAAAGAUCUCCCCGAGUGGGGCGGUCUUUGUUGUCGGAUUCAGACGAAGCUGACGAGUUCAUGCCAGGCCUUCUGGGCCCGUCGCUCGAUACCCCCCCUCCCCCGCUCCCCGUCCCGCACUUUGGACUGCCCCCCCCAGGCCCCCGAAACCACUUCUCAAUCAACAGGAGGGGUCCGGGGGGGAGCCUUCCCCCCCAGACCGGAUCUGCGUCUUCCAGGGGGGCUGAACGAAGGCCUGGGCCGCCUGCCCGGCCCCCUCCUGCGUGGCUGCAAAACAGGGGCUCUUGGGAGGGGUGGGAGAGUGACAAUGCGGUCAGGCGGCAAAGGGCCCCGGUCAGCGAUGGCGGGCGCCCGUUUGUGGACGACGGAGUAGGGGCGAUGUUCUCGCACGCAGAGCCUCCGGGCAUGCCGUUCACGCUUCUGCCAGUGCCAAAAGAGCCAGGCGAGCAGUCACCUCGCGAGGGCCCCCCACGCCCCCGAGUCCCUCCUCCAUAUUCCCCGGGGCUAUUCGACGGCCUGGAUCCCUUGCGGCAGCUCCGGCGCCUCUCCCCCGGGGAACGGCCCCGGGAGGCCUACCAGGACGGGUUCGAAGACGGCAGUCCCGUUUUGCACCGUGAGCGCACAGCCCUGCGCCUCGAACGGCGCGACUCGCCGCCAACCGGAAGACGCCACGUGGCGCCCGCGUGGCACGCACGUGGCCCCCGUCAGAGCGAGUUGUACGACGACUGGGACGCAUGGGAGGAGCAGGUGGACAUGGACUCCGGUUGGUGGGACGUCGAGGCUGGGGGGCUGGCGCCCGAGCGGCGGAACCGGUCCCCCCCUCGGCGCGCGAGCGACCCCGGUUUUGGCUGGCUGGAUGACCCCCUCUGGGAAGGGGGGGGCGAAAACCCGCUGGACGAAGCAGGGGGGGGGCAGCGGCAGAACGCCGACAGGGGGGGCGCGCUGCGCCGCCGGCGGUUCUCGCUGUUCGACGAAGAGGGGGGUGCUGUUCGUGUAACUGCUCCUGCCCUCGAGGCCCAGGCAACUGAGUCCCCUGCGGGGGCUGAGCGCAUUGCGGGGGAGGAAAGAGCCGCUCGACGGCGGGGGCGCAGCUGGCUGCGCGAGCUGGGCUCCCUCGAGGGCGCGUCGGCGCGCCAGCCCGGGGCGCCGGCAACGGACGCCAACAGGAGCGCACGGGAAGGGCUGUUUGGCCUGCGGAGGGGGGGUGGUCCUGCGGGCGCGCCGGCCCCCCGGAACGAAACUGAAGCCGUGCUCGGGCGGCCGCCGGUCUACCGCAACCUCCGGGAAUUUUUAACGGAGGCCGGGGGAGCGCCGGGAAUGGCGCGCCGGACGCCGGCAGUGGCCGAGGAGUCGGCUCCCGGCGGGGGGGGCCUGGCUGGGCUGUUUCGGGAGGCGGGAGAAGACGACGGAGAGGCGGCGGUAGGGCGCGCGCGCGCACGCCGGCACCGGGCGCGGAUGUUUGAGGCGGGACGCGAGGGGGGGUUGCCGACGCCACUGCUGGCGAUGCUGAACGCGCUGGAGGAGGCGGAGCAGUUCCAGGACUUGACGGGGGAUCAGCUGAUCAGGUUGCAGAUUGCGCUGUCUGGGGGAGGGAUGUCGGCCCGGCGGAGGCGGGAGCUGGACGCGAUGAGGGUGGACGUGGACCGUAUGACUUACGAGGAGCUCUUGGAGCUGGAGGAGCGCAUUGGGAACGUGUCGGUGGGGCUCUCCCCCGAGACGGUGGUCGAGAAGCUUCCCAUCACCAAGUGGGCGGCGCCAAUCACCGGGGACGAGAAGGAAAUCAAGUGCGUGGUCUGCCAGGUGGAGUACGAGGAGAGCGAGGACGUCCGGAUCCUGCCCUGUACGCAUUGCUACCAUGCGGACUGCAUUAAGUCGUGGCUAGCUACCAAGAACGAGUGCCCCGUGUGCAAGGCUAAGGCCGUACCAUGAGAACUAGAGCCGGGGCGUGAGGCUAGCUAGGGGUAACUCAAAGGUGGGGGUGGAAAAAGAGGGGGAAGCUCUCACGAGCUUUGAUGGCUUGGCGGAGGGUAUAGCGAGUAGAGAUGUAGUCAAUUCUUUGGUUGGUAGGUUGGAGCACCGGGGAAGGGAGAGGCGCUUUCGUGUUGGCGCGAACUGUGUCUGCUUCUGCACCCAGAGCCGAGGAGUGCUUUGCUUCUUGGCAUUCGUGUCCGAGAUUGUCAAAUCCAUAGCCGAUCUAGUGGGACAGCUUCUGUUUGUCGCUGGGAUUGGCAUGUACAUUGGUCCUUCGUUUCGGAUGUAGGAACUUUUUCUUGUCGUGUAGCCGCUUCUUUCCUCAUGUUGACCGCCGAGCCUUCUCAAUGAUGCUUCGGCCCAACUUAGCCCAU